AGAACUUGCACUACGUUGAAACCUCUCUUGGGAUGUCAUCUUCUGAAACUACUUUUCCUAUCCCUUUCUCGAUUUACCGUUUCAUGGGAUCGCAUUCUAGCACGAGAACUCUUCGGCUGUGUCCUCUCACUCAAGAUCGCCGUGCUGCACAGCAAAUCUCACGCACUCGAUAUGUAUAGGUUGUAGCCGAUGGGAACCAUCACCUCAGGGGACAGUUGACGCUGGGAACUGUGACUCUGCCUUCGAUACUGGCCGCCUUACCCAUGUAUAUCUUGUGCGGCCGCUGUUCUGCCUACACCAAUCCCUGAUCCGGUUCCUGCCCACGACCGGCCGUAACCGCCACAUUUCGUCUGCUGCGACACGUAGCACAUGCCUAGAUUGAUAGACCCGCGGAGUACCUGCGCCGAUAUCUUUCUUUAAGAGCACCGGUGUGAUAUGCCUGCCUUGUCAUCUGAGCACAUCUACAUAUACUGGCUGUCUGUCAGAGGCUUGCUGUCGACGCUCCCCUCCGCUCUCGGAUACUCUGUCCCGGUCUUGCAACUAUCAAGAUGGCCUCUGCUGAGCAAGAAAUCCAGUUUAACACGGGGAAUACGCUUGGCGCGCUGCAAAUCGGCACCCUAAUAUCGUUCACGCUGUUUGGCGUGACAACAAGCCAGGUAUACACCUACUACAGCCGGUUUCCUGAGGAUGCAUGGCAUCUAAAAGCCCUGGUCGCUUUCACGUGGAUGUGCGAUCUCGCCCACGCGAUCUGCGUCGCAACUCUUCUGUACACGGAUGACAUUCUGGACUACCGACACCCGGAACGCUUCUUGCUGGCCCCGUCAAAGCUAUUCGGCGUGAUCAUCCUCUUCUCUGCCCUCAUUACGGCCGCUGUUCAAUCAUUCUUCUCCUUCCGCAUCUACCGCAUCUCCAAAAGAUCGGCUUUCCCGCUCUUCACUGCCAGCCUAACUUUCUUGAGGACAUUGGCUGCGAUUGGGCUGCUCUACGCCAUCAACCAUGUGGAUUCCUGGGCGCAGUUCUUGGCACGCUGGGACUGGCUCGGGACGUCUCUAUUCUGCAUCAGCGCUGCUAAUGACGUUAUCAUCACCAUGGGCAUGGUGUUCCUGCUCUUUCGGCGCCGGAGGAAAGCCCUCAAUCGGACCAUGGCGCAUCUCGAUAGAAUCAUCACGUGGACUAUUGAAACCGGGCUGAUGACAAGUGUAUUCACCCUGCUUGAACUGGCAUUCUUCCUGACCAUGCAGUCCAAUUGUGGGGUCCAUCCUCAUACGCUGCGUCUAUCGUCACUCACAUCCCCAUCCAUCAGACAUUUGGAUCGGUCUGUUAGUUAUCGGAGCGCGCUUAUUCUCUAUCUCUCUGCUCGCAAGUCUGAACUCGCGCUCGACCCUACGAAAGAUGAAUGAAGUCAACCUGACUGCGUGGAACUCAUUCGCGGUGCAAGGAGGAAGCCAAGAACGGAACCCAGUCGAGGAGCACACCGUUGAUCUGAACAGCCACGUUCUAGUAGAGCGCACAACCAAGGUUAUGGUGGAUCCAUAGGGCGAAUAUACAUAUACAUAAGUAUGGACAUAUAUGAGAUUAUUUACUGUAAAUGUGCAUACAUCAUCACAUCACCUCCACGCAGGGCGCCCAGUGCCCUUCCCCCUCAGAUCAACAACACUCCGCGCUCUCUUCAGCGGCUCCUUCUGCUGCUGCAUCGACUCGAAUCCCUUCACCAGAUCCUUCACACUCCCCCCGCUGCUAGUUCUUGGCCGCACAGAAACAGGCUUCUCA